GCCUGCCGCUCCCGGCGCUCGCAGCGCGGGCCUGGGGACUGGGGAUCCCGCCGCCGGGCCGCAGCAUGGGGCGCUUCCGCGGGGGCCUGCGGUGCAUCAAGUACCUGCUGCUCGGCUUCAACCUGCUCUUCUGGCUGGCUGGAUCGGCCGUCAUUGCUUUUGGACUAUGGUUUCGGUUCGGAGGUGCCAUAAAGGAGUUAUCAUCAGAGGACAAGUCCCCAGAGUAUUUCUAUGUGGGGCUCUAUGUUCUGGUUGGAGCCGGGGCCCUGAUGAUGGCUGUGGGUUUCUUCGGGUGCUGUGGAGCCAUGCGGGAGUCGCAGUGUGUGCUUGGAUCAUUUUUUACCUGCCUCCUGGUGAUAUUUGCUGCUGAAGUAACCACUGGAGUAUUUGCUUUUAUAGGCAAGGGGGUAGCUAUCCGCCAUGUUCAGACCAUGUAUGAAGAGGCUUAUAAUGAUUACCUUAAAGACAGGGGAAAAGGCAAUGGGACACUCAUCACCUUCCACUCAACAUUUCAGUGCUGUGGAAAGGAAAGCUCUGAACAGGUUCAGCCUACAUGCCCAAAGGAGCUUCUAGGACACAAGAAUUGCAUCGAUGAAAUUGAGACCAUAAUCAGUGUUAAGCUCCAGCUCAUUGGAAUUGUCGGUAUUGGAAUUGCAGGUCUCACGAUCUUUGGCAUGAUAUUCAGUAUGGUCCUCUGCUGUGCGAUACGAAACUCACGAGAUGUGAUAUGAAGCUACUUCUACAUGAAAAUUGCAAUCUAAAGCUUUCAUACCAAAUGUCACAGGAGCUGUCUUCCAGCUCAUUUUUAAUACUGAAAUGACAUUAGUAUCUAAAAUAAUUUGCUGUCAAUUGUACAUUUGCAUGAGUACAUAUGUUUGGCUCAUUACUGGUUUAUCCCUUGAGUGAAUGCCUGUGAAUGUUGACUGAGAGCAUAUUCAUGUGUGGCCUGUGUGUUUCUGAAAUAUGCUUUAUACAUAAUGAAAUCUGUUGGCUGGGAAUUCCUGAUUCUUGUUAUAUAAGAGAAACAACCUAUUUCACUCCCAGAAAAAAAGAUCAAAGAGCUUUCAGAAACUUUGAGAACUUGGUUAUUUAGAAAAAGUGAUAAUGGGUCAAUUUCUCAGACUGUAGCCAUUGAAAAUUAGAUGCAGAGAAUUCAGAGAUUUCUUCUUAAUGGAAGCAAUAAGCUGUAGAAUUGAGAGAUCACAAUGGAGUGUUAAAACUGACUGUAUCUAAGUUGGUUGUAAGGGUGUCCUGGGUUUUUUUUAUAUACAUGCUCUCCCCAGAAUACAGUAAACCACAGUUUUAGAACUAAACACAUCUGUAAAACUAAAUAUAGCAUGGAAAAUCUAAUUUGAAUAAGUCAUGCUUUCCUAGAAUUUAAAAAUAAAAAAGUCUUCCUCUGGAAAGAGAAGUCACACAGACAAUCAUGUGCCCUAUAAAAGUGAGUGUUUAUAGGACUAAAAACCUUUUAACAACUUCCUAAGGAAAUAUUUUUGUUCUUAUACAAAAUCAUGUAAAUAUUGCUUUAUUACUUUCCUUUUCUGACCCUGCUGUAAACUACUGCAACCCUCACAUCCUCAAAGGGACUUUUAUCUCAAACUCUUCUGUUUCUCCAAAUAUAAGGACAAAAAGACUAAAGCAAGAGAUCUGGCAGUUGAAAAUUGUGGGAAAGAGAAUUUUUACUGGCACUGUAUCUUUGAAAUACCUCAUAACUUACAUUUACAUGUUUUCCCAAUUUUUUGUAUUUUUCUUAUAUCUCCACCUGGAGAAUUCUUCAUAGAUUAAGAACUACAGUUUUCACCACUUAAAAUAAGUAAAGCAAAGUCCUUCAUAAUUUAACCAUUAGCAUCUUUGGCCAAACCAAAAUAAAGAAAAGCAUCUUCUAGUUGUGUGCAGACAACGGAAACAAGUUAAGGAAACGAAAAUGCUUAUAUACUCACAGAACAAAAAUAUGUUCUUUUUGUGCAAAUCCCCUGUGAAAAUAAAAUUUUCAAAUUUUUUUGGUCUUAAUGCUUCAUUUUAAGUUAGUAAACCCAAAUUUAGGAUUUACAUUGGCAAAUUUUUCAGUAAUUUUUAACAUGUUACAUUUAGUAAACCAUAGAUUUUUUUUAAACUGCAUUUUAUAAGGCCACACUUAAGUGAAACUACGGGAGGCUUUGGAAACCCCCACGUGAACUUCUGUACAUGUGAAAACACAAGUCUUUGAGUGUGCACUAAAAGUGUCACACUCCCAAAAAAACUCACAAAACAUUUUGCUAAAAAGAUAUAACUGCUUGAAAUAGUCUCUCUCCCAUGGAGAACCACAUUUUCUUUCUGCCAUACUUGCUACUGCUACUGAUUUUGGAGGAAACUUUUCUAGAAGAACAAAGGUCAUAUUUGAGGCAAGCUAAAAACUUAAUUAUACAUAGCUACUUUACUGUGUCUAUAGCUAAAGAAAAAUUAUUUUACAAAAAUUACUUCAUGAAAUAUAACUUGUAUCCCAGUAGUUGAGAAAUGUGACCUUUUAGGCAAAGAACAGACAGUCCAUCUCUCUUAGCUUUAGCUUAUCUCUUUGCCUGAAGACAGGAAACAGGCCCAAGUACAUACUCAGGUUCUUUCCAACUCAGAAUUAUCUCUGAUUCCACAAAAGUGAGUUCAAUUUCCUAUCUGAAUUAACAACUUUAAAGGAGACUACAAUAGUUAAAAGUGGAAGAAUAGAAAUAAAUAAAUUUAAAAAGAAAUGAAUUAAAGUAGAAGAGAAGGGUUCUGUUCCAUGUACGGUUUAAUGUGCCCCUUUGGGGGUAAGCUUUCCAAACUAUGUGUGUGAGAAAAAUUAGAAAAUUCCACCACUAAGCUACAAUAGAUUUUAUAUGUGUGUGUCUGUGUAUAUACACAUGUAUAUACACAUGUGUAUAUACAUACACAGGAAGAUAAAUAUAUAUAUCUGUAUAAAUAGACACAUAUAGUAUAUCUAUACAUAGAUAUAUAAUCCCUAUAUAUCUUGAUUCUACAAAUAUCUUUAUACAUAUAUAAUUUGAAUAUAUACAUGUAUAUAUAGAUGUGUGUAUAUAUACACACACACAUAUACAUAAAUUUUCAGUUAUUUCUGUUCCCCUGAACUAAUUUGAGAUUAGACCCAAAUAUGCUUUUAAACGUCUCAUGCCAAGGCACUGAACUAAAACUUCUUAAUGUUGAAAUAUUUUAAGUGAUUUCAUAUUAAAUUUUCUAUAUACUGAAA